UAAAAUCAAGAGAACUCUUUCAACAAUUUUGGUGUUUUGAAAUUCAAAAUUUUCUGUAAAAACAAUACGUAAUUAAAAUUAUCGUUUUUAAAAACAAUUUAAUUAAUGUGUAAGUAAUUUGACUCAAUGAUAACUGCAGCAAUAGACAUAAAUAGUAUAUCUGAUUGAUUCAUUAUGACCACUGAAAUUGAUGAUAGGAAAAUGUUAUCGAAAGAAAAUAGUCUGAAUGAUAACAAAUCUCCAAGGUCAAGCUUCACCAAAACUGGGAGUACUGCAGAAUCUUCUCCAACUCUGGUCAAACCCAAUCACAAAGUCAAUUUUCAAAGACCCCAGCCCGGCCAACCUGCCCAUCCUCCCAGCCGGUCUAUGAUGCCUCAAGUCCACCAAACCCUCCACAGAGCCAGCCAGAUGAUGCCCCCUUUGAACCGAGAGCAGAUGUGGCUAUAUGCUGUGGCCUACGUCGCUUUGUACACUUUUCUCAUGCUGUUUCGCACUUCCACCUUCGGCUUUAUCUGUCUCUCCUUAUACACUGGACUGGUCACCUUGCUGGCACUCAGGCACUUUGGGCUCGGACCAUUGGCUGACCAUUUCAAUAGAAGUAGGUGAUGUGGUGACAGGUUUCGCUGUGAAUCGUUGGGUUUCUUGUGGUUUUUUAUGAAUACAAGUUUCAGAAUAUUGUGACA